AUGGCCAAGUUCUGUCCUCGGAGACGUAAGUCUCGACAGGACGUUGAGGGCUACAAAAACGCCUCAGCGACCGCCAAUGUUUCGCGCUACAGCCCCGAUGGCUUCCGGCUGCCUGUGCUGGCAAAUGAGCAUAGGAACUGUCGCCAGAUCCAGGCAAAGGUGCAGAAAUACUGGGAGGCAAUGGAGGAGCUGGCGAAAGAUGCCAAGGCACGAAUGGAGGUCCUGUGCGCGUACUAUGCGGGCAACGAGACCUCCAGGACCUUCCCUGUCGGCACGUCGAGGGACUGCCUUUUCAACACAGACCGCUACCCUGCAGGCAGCGAGAGGAGGUAUAUCGACUUCCUGCAAGACCAGCUUGCUUGGUGGGACAAGGAGUACAUGAAGAUCCGCCAGUCCCGUGAACAGUGCGAGCAGGCCAAGCAGGAUCUUGAAGAUUAUCAGCGACACGCAGCCGAAGCCAAGAAUGUGUUCGGCCAGAACCUGGCCUACUGUGCCAAAGCGCAGGAGUCCUUGGAUGAGGCCUCGUGCUCCUACAAGGCAGCAGUCAAGGAGAAAUGCACCGAUGCUGGAGGCUGCGUGGACAACAGCUGGAAGACCUACAAUGGUACUUUGCAACAGGCAAAGGUGGAGGAGACCUUCCUGAAGGCACAGAUGAGAGCAGUGAUGCGAAUCGACUGCUACCUGGGCGUCUUCGAGCUGAAGGAUGUCGCAGCUGGAAUAGAGGCGUGCAAGCACAAGGACUACCGAAAUCACACGAAUGUUACUGCCAUGGAGUUUCCGACGCAGUCGAAGCCGCAUGUCCCUGCAUGCCGCUACGAUUUCGCGGACAUCGCCGGGUACUGCUCGUAUGAAGACAAGUACUACAGCCACACCUUCGGACUCAGCGAUCCAUGCACAGCUUCCUGCUGCAAAGCUGGUGCAUCCUGCAACGCCUCGACUCGCGAGACCGUCUGA